UGCUCCUAAAUCAAUUAUGAUCGUACACUUCUUCUUCUUCAUUCUUCAAUCAUCUUUGCCUUGAUUUUGUUGAAUUAAGAUGGAGAACGACGGAAUCAGGUGCUUGAAGAAAUUCUUUCACACUUCCAUUGUGGUGCUACUUUUUCUACAAUGUUUCAACCCUUCCCUAUCCUCUGGAUUCUAUAAUGUUUCUUUGGGUUUCGGAGCAAUUGGCCACCGGGUGGUGACGAGGUGCAUAAAGAGUGAAGGGGAAGCACUCCUUUCUUUCAAACAAGGUCUGAUUGAUGACUACAAUCUCCUCUCCUCCUGGGGAAGAGAAGAACACAAGCAAGAUUGUUGCAAAUGGCUUGGCAUCCACUGCAGCAACCGAACCAACCAUGUUACUCAACUUGAUCUUGGAUGGAAUCAUAUGAAUGAAGUUUACUCACUUCAACAGAAAGGACAGCAGGAGUAUCCCGUAUAUUACUUUCAAGGUAAAAUGAUGAGUCCUAAACUAAUUGAGUUGCAGCAUUUGAAAUAUUUGGACCUUUCUUCCAUUAACUUCACUGGGACCCAGCUUCCAGAUUUCAUUGGUUCUCUUUCCAAUUUAAGACACCUCGAUCUCUGGUAUGCUUCUUUUGGUGGUCGAAUUCCAACUCAGAUUGGAAACCUUACUCACUUGCAAUAUCUUGAUCUCAGAUCCAAUCACUUUGCUAAUGUAGAAAAUAUCAAUUCAUGGCUACCUCAUCUUUCUUCUUUAACAUAUUUGGACCUGAGUUACAACAAUCUUAGUAAUGUUCCUGACUGGUUGGAAAUAGUUAGUAAGCUCCCUAAACUUACUAACUUGUCUCUGUCUUAUUGUAGUCUUCCUUCUCUUCUAAUUCAUUCCAGUACUCUUUUUAACAUAAAUUCUUCUAAAUCUCUUGCUCAUGUUGAUCUCAGUGAUAACCAACUCACUUCUUCCAUAUUUCUUUGGUUGUCCAAAUACAAUGCCAGCCUUGUUCAUCUUGAUCUCAAAUACAAUAACUUUGCUAAUGUAGAAAAUCUGAAUUCAUGGCUGCCUCAUCUUUCUGCUUUAACAUAUUUGGACCUAAGUUACAGCAAUCUCAGUAAUGUUCCUGACUGGAUCGAAGCAGUUAAUAAUCUCCCUAAACUUACAAACUUGUCUCUGUCUUAUUGCAGUCUUCCUUCUCCUCUAAUUCAUUCCAGUACUCUUUUUAACAUAAAUUCUUCUAAAUCUCUUGCUCAUGUUGAUCUCAGUGACAACCAACUCACAUCUUCUUCCACAUUUCUUUGGUUGUCCAAAUACAAUGCCAGCCUUGUUCAUCUUGAUCUCAAAUACAAUAACUUUGCUAAUGUAGAAAAUCUGAAUUCAUGGCUGCCUCAUCUUUCUGCUUUAACAUAUUUGGACCUGAGUUACAGCAAUCUCAGUAAUGUUCCUGACUGGAUGGAAGCAGUUAAUAAGCAUCCUAAACUUACAAAUUUGUCUCUGUCUAAUUGUGGUCUUCCUUCUCCUCUAAUUCAUUCCAGUACUCUUUUUAACAUAAAUUCUUCUAAAUCUCUUGCUCAUGUUGAUCUCAGUUACAACCAACUCACUUCUUCCAUAUUUCUUUGGUUGUCCAAAUAUAAUUCCAGCCUUGUUCAUCUUGACCUCUCUUACAACCAGUUAACUGGCUUAUUUCCCGAUGUCAUUGGAAACAUGAGCUCUCUUGCAUAUCUAGAUCUCUCUUCUAACCAAUUUAAAGGGGUGAUUUCAGAAAGUCAUUUCUCGGGUCUCUCCAGAUUAAGAUCUUUGUCUCUGUCCUCUACCUCACUAACUUUAAACUUCCAUUCUAAAUGGGUUCCUCCCUUCCAAUUGGAUGUCAUAUUCUUGAGGUCUUGCAAGAUGGGUCCACAUUUUCCAAAUUGGCUUCAAACUCAGAAAAGUUAUCGGACGCUUGAUAUUUCUAAUGCUGGAAUUUCUGAUAUCCUUCCAAGUUGGUUUUGGGAAAGGCUGUCUCAUGCUCCUGAAAUUGGUUAUGUAGAUCUCUCCAACAACCAAAUUAGAGGAACAAUUCCAAACUCGCAAAUCAAUUUUGUAUGUUUCUCUCGUCAACUAAAUUUGAGUUGGAACCAAUUGGAAGGUCAAGUCCCUCCAUUCCUAUUGAAAGCUUCGUCAUCUCUCUUUCUCUCCCACAAUAAAUUUUCAGGGUUGUUUUCUUUCUUGCUUCCAGUUAACGCAAGUCAUUUAAGAUUGCUUGAUCUCUCGAGCAACCAUUUACAUGGAGAACUUCCCGAUUGCUGGACUCAUUUCAAAAAUCUUUUAAUUCUUGAUUUGAGUGACAACCUUUUUUCUGGGAGAAUUCCUGCCACAAUGGGCUCUUUAUCUUCAAUUCAAACAUUGAACCUAAACACUAAUGGACUUGUGGGAGAAUUGCCUUCAUCUUUGAAGAACUGUACAAGUCUCAUAGUUUUUGAUGUUGGAGAAAAUAAAUUAUCAGGUUUGAUACCUGAAUGGUUAGGGGUUGGACUUCCAAAUUUGACUAUCCUUAUCCUCCGUUCUAAUCACUUCUAUGGAAGCAUUCCAUCACAAUUGUGUAAUAUGGGAAGCAUUCAAAUUCUGGAUUUCUCGAUGAAUAACAUCUCCGGAAGUAUACCCAAAUGUCUCAACAAUUUGACUAAUUUGGCUCUAAGAGGAAGUUCAAGUCUAACUAUCACUCACCUAUUUAAGGCAACCUCCACUGAUAUUGCUGUCAGUAUUUUUGAUUAUGAAGACGAAGCAUCCUUGAUAUGGAAUGGAAUAAUGUCCAAAUACAAAAGUACCCUGGGGCUUGUAAAGAGUAUCCAUCUGUCAAGUAAUCGAUUAACGGGGGAGAUUCCUAGUGAAGUCACUGAUCUUGUGGGGCUGGUUUCUUUAAACCUAUCAAGAAAUAACUUAACAGGUCAAAUAACUCCAAAAAUAGGAAAGUUGCAGUCUUUAGAUUUGCUUGAUUUGUCAAACAACCAAAUACAUGGUACAAUUCCAACAAGUCUCAUUGGAAUAUCUGGCCUUGGUAAGUUGGACCUGUCCAACAACAACCUAUCUGGAAAAAUUCCCAUCGGGUCUCAACUUCAACCCUAUGACGCCACUGUUUUUGCUGGAAAUCCUCUCCUUUGUGGAAUUCCACUUGAACAUAUGUGCUCUCCUAAGGAAACAACACUGGAGGAGCAACCAGUGGUAGACAAUCAAGAUGAAGAUGAUGACGGGUUUAUAACACCUGGAUUUUACAUGAGUUUGGGGCUUGGAUUUAUCAUUGGAUUCUGGGGAGUUUGUGGGAGUUUGAUAUUCAACAGGUCAUGGAGAUACAUGUACUUCAAACUCUUGAAUGGUUUAAAUGAUUGGCUUUAUAUCAAGGUGGCAUUGUUCAUGCAACGAAGAAUGCUCGAUGAAUAAGCUCUCGUCCAUCGGCUUGUGUGGUACGACAUGCUAACCCCUUCGGCUUUUGGGUUGAGAAGGAGCCUGAAGGACAAUAGCUUUUAAGUUAUGGUGGAAUUUCUCCAAAUUCAUGAGUGGGAAAUGUAUUUGGUUCAUUGUCGAGUUGUAAUUUUACACAAAUAUUUAUGGUUUUAGUUUCAAUUUUU